AUGGAGUUUCGCUUCAACAUGCAUCCCCUGUUCCGGUCGCGGAUUGUACGGAUAAAUAAUUCGCUGUUGCCAACCGGCUUCACCGCACAGUCCCGCCGUGUUGCACUUGAUGCUACGGCACAGAUAUCGGAGAUCAUUAACACCGUCGGUUCACUGUCGGCCCAGGCACAGGGCCUAUCCGUGCCGGUCACGACCGCUCAGAAGCUGCGCAACUCGGACCACCACAUCUACCUGAUGUUUGAGUCCAACGACCAAAAUGGUCUCGUCGUGGGCAUACUGAAGGUCGGCCGCAAGUCACUGUACGUGUUCGAUCCGACCGGUGAGACGGUCAACGUGACGGCACCCUGUGUGCUGGACUUUUACGUGCACGAAUCGCGCCAACGCGGCGGUCUCGGCCGUGAACUGUUCGAGCAUAUGUUACGCGAGGAAAACAUACAGCCGGAUGAGCUGGCCAUCGAUCGGCCGUCGGAGAAGUUGCUCGGUUUCCUGCAGAAGCAUUACGGGCUGUCGAAGAAGAUUCCACAGAUGAAUAAUUUUGUCGUGUACGAAGGCUUCUUUGCGAGCAAGUCCCAUAACUCUUCCGAUAUCGAUGGACGUCGCAUGCACAUUACCGCUAGUCCUAACACGAAUCUGUUCGGGCCAACGUUUACAACGACGGAGGAGAGACGUCGAUCCACCUCGCAGACCCGAACCAACGUGGCACCGAUGCCGAUCAUUGCCCAGCCCCCCGUCGGUCGGUAUGCGGCCAAACGGCCAACCUGCAGCAUGGCACAGAUAAUUCACAAUAGCCCAACAGCAGUGUCAACGGAACCGAACAGCACCGCUACUAACACGAAUGCAGCCGCUAAUGGGCACGCUAAUGGUAGCAACGGUCACGAGGAUGACGAUCAUCAGCACCGGUACGAGACGGAUUCGAUCGAUGGUGAGAUGGAGGGUGGUGGUGAGAUGGACCAGCGUUUGGCCGACGAGAUGCAACGCAUCGAACUGCACCACCCGGUCGGAACCGGCCGCGGUACCGGUGGUGGUGAGGACGGUGGUGAACCAACCGCACACGCCACGCACGCACUGGAAGUUAAGUUUGCCGAUCAGCAGCCGGAAAUGCUACCGUACGAGGACAUUCCCGAGCCCGGCCCAGACCCGGAUCCGUACGACUUUCAUCCGCACCAUCUCGAGCUGCACGAUGACACGGACGGUGGUGGUUCCCACCGUGAGCAUUCCUUAUCGCCUCAAUCUGUCAGCCAGCAGGCCACACCGGAACAUCCGUCGGGCGGCGGUGACUACGGGAUGAUGGGCGGGAUAGGCAGUGGGCGGAAGCCGGCCCGCUACACCAAGCAGCAUACGGGCCUGAAGAACAUCUCGUUCGGCGUCGGUGCGGCUGUUAUGCCGAGCGGCAAGAUGGAGUUCGAUCAGGAGGAAAACGAAGGCUUUGGGUCGGUGAAGAUCAACCGACCGAUCGGGAAAUCGGGAACUCGUGGCAGUCUGCAUGAUGAUAAUGAAUCGGUUUACUCGAAUGGUAGCCAGCAGGGUGGUGGUGGUGGUCACUUUGAUUUAAAGUUCUACCACAACAAGCUGUGGUAA